UAUAAUUCAUAAUCAAUUGGUUUUGUUUCGGUGGCAUCCGGCAUCCCCUAAUAUGAUUGAUUUUUAUCGCUGCAUUUAUUAAAAUAUAUAUAUCUUCAUCCUCGAUCACCACAAUUCAUUGAUUCAAAAGUCUCCAAACCCCUUGGAAGCUCAACAUUACAAUCUCGCCAAAUUCCUCAAAACCAGAAUUUUCCACAGACCCAGAAACAUUUCUCAUCAAAGUUCUCUCCUUUCCUGUCUCUUGAACUUUCUCUCCUACUCACUCAGUUCAAGAACAAUCUUUCGAUCAUUGAUCAGUGAUGUUUCGAAUUGUGUCUUUCAAGUUAAAGCUGGAUCAUUUUUCUAGUUGAUCUCAUCCUCGCGCUUAACUGCAGCUAACUUUCCUUAAGGAUUCACUGGUUGGUUCAAGCACUGAUUCGCCGCGUACAGCUUUUGGCAGGAGCCAUUUGCAUCUCUGAUCGACAUGGAUUAGAAUAGUGUGCAGUUGUGUUGUGUACAACUCGCUGCAUAGAUGUUACUUUGUGGAGUUCAAUUCAUAUGUAGUAUGUUUGUUGUUUAAGAAGCUGAUCUUUGUGGGGGCAUUGGGUAGUGAGAUCUGUUAAAUUGAAGUCGGUGAUGGAGAGUAGUGUAGUUAAUCAUCCAUUGCAAGAAGAUGAGAAGGGUUUUUCUGAUGAAGAUAAUGCUGUAAAUAAUGAGAAAGAGAGUUUAUUGCAAACAUCUGGCUCUGUAGAGAAUGCUCCUGAAGGUUCUGGUCGUUCUUCGGAUUGGCGUAGGGGACUAGACCACUGCAUAACUGCACCUGUUGGUCUCUAUGGAGAUAUGGUAAUCGAUGACAAUGAGGUUAAGUACUCUCGGUCCAUAACAGAGAGAUUGUCCCCUGCGAGUCAUAAUUCAAAAUUAGAUCGAUUAUCGGAGCGGGAAAAGCAAAAACUCAUUGUUGAGCUAGUCAGAAUACAAAAUGACGGGACCGUGGAAGUUGAUAUAGAUAACGGUACACCGGUAUCGGAGUUAUUGGAGUUUCAGCCAACCAAAGGGCAGCCAACAAUCACAUAUGAAAAGUCAUUUGCUGAUUCCUUUAGAUCAAUUCCAAGAUUAAAAAUUGUGAUACUUGUGGUUGGAACUCGCGGUGAUGUGCAGCCUUUCUUGGCCAUGGCAAAGCGCCUCCAGGAGUUUGGUCAUCGUGUUAGGUUGGCAACUCAUGCAAAUUUCUGCUCUUUUGUACGAUCUGCUGGAGUAGAGUUCUAUCCCUUGGGUGGUGAUCCUCGAGAACUAGCUGGAUAUAUGGCUAGAAAUAAAGGUCUGAUUCCUUCUGGGCCUGGAGAAAUAGCAAAACAGAGAAAACAGUUGAGGGCAAUUAUAGAGUCUCUUCUUCCGGCUUGCACAGAGCCUGAUAUGCAAACUGCUGCCUCUUUCAGAGCUCAAGCAAUAAUUGCAAACCCUCCUGCGUAUGGACAUGUGCAUGUUGCUGAAGCUCUAGGAGUACCAAUUCACAUUUUUUUCACAAUGCCUUGGACGCCAACUCAUGAAUUUCCCCACCCUUUGGCCCGAGUUCCUCAAAGUCCUGCGUAUUGGCUAUCAUAUAUAGUUGUUGAUCUGAUGGUAUGGUGGAGCAUAAGGACAUACAUAAAUGAUUUUAGGAAGAGGAAGCUAAACCUUGCACCUUUCGCAUAUUUCAGCACAUACCAUGGCUCAAUUUCUCACUUGCCUACUGCUUACAUGUGGAGUCCCCAUGUUGUGCCAAAACCAAGUGAUUGGGGUCCUUUAGUUGAUGUUGUUGGGUAUUGUUUCUUGAGCCUUGGAUCGAAGUACCAACCUCGUGAAGAUUUUAUCCACUGGAUAGAAAGAGGAUCACCGCCCGUAUAUAUUGGUUUCGGAAGCAUGCCUCUUGACAAUCCGAAAAAAACAAUGGAUAUUAUACUGGAAACACUGAGAGAUACAGAACACAGAGGGAUAGUUGAUCGAGGUUGGGGUGGCCUUGGAAACCUUGCUGAAGUUCCUGAAAAUGUAUUCCUCUUGGAGGACUGUCCUCAUGAUUGGUUGUUUCCUCAAUGUUCAGCUGUGAUUCAUCAUGGAGGUGCUGGAACCACAGCGACUGGACUAAAAGCUGGGUGUCCAACAACAAUCGUGCCGUUCUUUGGGGAUCAGUUCUUCUGGGGUGACAGGAUCUAUGAGAAAGGACUUGGGCCUGCGCCAAUACCAAUAGCUCAGCUCAAUGUUGAGAACCUCUGCAAUUCCAUAAGAUUCAUGCUUCAACCAGAGGUGAAAUCACGAGUGAUGGAACUAGCGAAAGUACUGGAGAACGAGGACGGUGUAGCUGCAGCUGUUGAUGCAUUCCACAGGCAUUUGCCACUGGCUCUGCCACUCCCGGAGUCCUCGCCGGAGAAAAGACACGAAGAUGAUCGACCAGACCUGUUACAGUGGUUCUUCAUCCAGAUUGGUAAAAAGUGUUGCCUUCCAUGUGGUGGUGUGUGAUAACAAACUCCCUUAGAUAUUUUGAUCUUGUCUCUGCAACUCGUUUCAUUUCAUUCAGUUGUCAAGAAUAUGAUUAGAUUUUUAACACAGCUGCAAAAGAUGGGUUUGGGGCAUCUUUAUAAGUUUGUUGUUCAGUGAGAAUAAGAUGAUAUUUGUGUGAGUUUGUCUUAAGAACAAAGUACCGAUCUCCUUUAUUGUAUACUUAAAACCCAUUCGAAACAGAAUCUCCCACGUCAAACUACAUUUCUCAGCUUGUAGGCAUUGGAUUUCAUCAGCUCCUGAGCAUGUGCCAGAUGACCCUUCAUAUGAUCUGUUAAGUUUCAGUGGCUCAAAACGGCACCUAUAUUUAACGAGUUCACGCCCAUAACACGCUAUAUCUCACCAAGACUAAGCUGGAAAUCCACUAGAUAUCAGAGAGAAUACAUAUUUAGAGACGAACAAGUGACCGUUUU